CCACGCAAUCGAAAUUCGAGUAGCGACUGGUCCGCUAUUGACCACAACACCACCGGCUCUCUUCUUCACCUCUCCACACCUUUCCUUCCUGCGUCUGCUUCUCCAACUGCACCGCACCGGUCUUCUUCUUCUUCUUUCUCUUCUUUUCCUUCUCCACUUCUUCUCGACAAUACCCUCUCAAACUAUUAAUUGACCCACACCAUCCUGCCUCGCCUAUCCUGUCCGCUUCCCAAUGGAUUCGCACGGCGGCUCUCGCAGGCAGUCACUCAAUUCGCGGUCCUUCUCCGUCGAGGACGCAGAGCAGGAACUCCGCAACUCUUCUUCCGUCGGCCGCGGCCGGCCCAGCGUUUCCAAACGACGCAGCCAUCGUCAGCGACCCUCGCUCGCUGAAGUCCAUUUCACCGAUGACCCAUCCGUCGGCGCGACUUCCACACCUAUACCAGAAUCACAUCUCCAUGUCCAUCAUCACCCACACGACCGCAGCGUGUCCCCGCAGGCCCGCGAGCUCAGUCGCGAGCGCGGACGAUCAACAAGCACGGGUGCCGACGAGGGCGCCUUUCCCGAGACCCUCGACAGCGAAGUAGACGACGGUGAUGACUCUGGCAGCACUCUUAUCCACACCACCGACAACGACGACGAAUUCGACGAUUAUUCCGAUACCGCCUCCAUCGAAUCAUUCACUCUCCGCGAGCGCCAGGACGCCAUCAACGAAACACAUCCAUUCGGUAUCCGUAUCUGGAAGCCUGCUCUUUACAAAAAGUCCCGUUCGGUCCAACGCAUCGCCGAAGGUGAUAUCCACUCUGCUCCCGGCAAAGAGGUCACAUGGACCGUCUGGUUUGGUAACUACUUUUACUCGUUCAUAUUCGGCAUACCGCUCUGGCUCGUCACAAUGCUCGGCUCCUGCAUCUGCUUCGGUUUCUUCUCCUGGAGUCGCUCGGCGCGCCAAUACGGCCGUGCUUUCUACGACCUCGCAAACUACCUCAUCUUCCCCUUUGGCAAAUUCGUCCAACUCGAUCAGGACGGCCGCUACGCUCUCGAAGACGAAGGUGAGGGCCGUAGUCUGGGCGAGUAUGAGGAAUGGCGGACCGGCAACGGUCGCGGAAGACUCUUUUUCGGUCCUUCUUCCCGCAAAGAUCGUCGUCGCACAAACUCGGGAUUGGACCCGAUCCGUGAAAGCGAUGGCUUGCUAGGCGCAAACGGUGAGCCGAACGACGGCGCGUCGGCUUCAAACUCUGCCUACGCGUCUGAUGAGGCCAGAUCGACUGACAAUGCUUCGGUCAAUUCCAUGGAAUCCGGCCUUUUGUACACAAACAAGCGCAGAUUCUUCGGCCGUGGAGACUGGAACGUCGGCCGCGUUGUUUUCUACAUCUGGUUUUAUCUGUUUGUCUAUCCUGCGCUUGUGAUCGUCGCCGGUGUGUGCUGGUUCGUGGUGUUUGCGAUCCCAAUGGCGCGCGUGAACGUGCAUCUGUGCUCUCAUCUGAGAAGACACCCGCUCGCCUUAUCGUUCCACUACGACGGUCCGUUUAGCCGUAACCAGGAGUCUCACUCUGAUAGCACAAUCCUGUUGUGCACAUACCGCGCGUUCGGCUGGAACUACUACAAGUACACCGUCGACGGAACGAACGUCUUCCUUAUGAAUUUGAUGUUUGUCGUCGUGUUCACUAUCUUUGAUCAAUAUCUUAUCUCCAAGAUUCUCGGACCCCGCACCUUCUUUACUACUCCGGGCGUCAUCUUUGUUCUUGCGCUGUUUUCGGUUAUCCCGCUAGCUUACUUCAUCGGUAUGGCCGUCGCCUCGAUCUCGGCUCAGUCUUCGAUGGGUAUGGGCGCGGCCAUCAACGCGUUCUUCUCCACAAUUGUCGAAGUCUUUCUCUACUGCGUCGCCCUUACAGAGGGCAAAGGUCGCUUGGUCGAAGGUAGUAUCAUCGGUAGUAUUCUAGCUGGUGUGCUUGUCAUGCCGGGAAUUUCCAUGUGCGCGGGUGCGUUGAAGCGAAAGACUCAGCGAUAUAAUCCCAAAUCGGCCGGUGUUAGCUCGACGAUGCUGCUUUUUGCCGUCAUUGCCGUGUUUGCGCCUACGCUCUUCUACCAGAUUUACGGAUCUUAUCAAUUGUAUUGCAUGCCCUGCAGCAGCCGUGAGCAGCCCGCGCUGGACGGUUCGGUCUGCCGAAGAUGCCAAUUUUUCCUCGACCCGAUCACGAACGACCACUUUUAUCGCUCGUCAGUGAAACCGUUUUCCUACAUUUGCGCAGUUUUGCUUUUCGUGUCCUACACGAUCGGUCUCUGGUUCACGCUUCGAACUCAUGCAGCGCUGAUUUGGCAAGCUCCUGGCGGCGGUCCUUCAGCUACCUCAGCUCCGGUUGUGCCGGUUGUCGGAGUGCAGGCGGAUGGUACUGUCGCCAGCGGAAAUGCUCAGCAAGCGAACGGUGGUGACGCCCCGUCUGUACUUCCGGUAAAUGACUACUUUGAUGAUUUUGGGAGCACGAGUGAUAGUAGUAGUUAUGUGACUGGCAAUUCUAAUUCAAAAUUCAAGCUUCCUCUUCUUCGAACCCGACCGGCAGAGGUGCAGUCGAUGCCUCUGGUUGAUAUCAACACCGCCGCCGAUGCUCCACCAAGCGAAGUGACCACGCCCAAGACACCAACUGCAGUUGUUAUCCCGACCUUAGCCGAAGACGCCAAGAAGAGCGGAGCGGCCGGAACGACGACGAGCAGCAUGAGUCCGUCGGCAGCGUCGCCCAACACGACAGCUUCGAGACGCGCGACGGUGCGAAGCCUCUUGCGACGAUCGGGCUCUACCAAGAACGCAAAGACGGCGACGAUCGAUUCGACGACUACGGCCGAGGAAGCCGCGGCUCUGCAGGGCGAGCAAGGCGCUGGUGCUGAGAUGCACGCGGGAGGCGGCCACGACGCGCCUAAUUGGAGCAAGACCAAGAGUAGCGUCGUCUUAUUGGGUGCGACGAUUCUGUACGCGGUCAUUGCUGAGAUCUUGGUCGACACGGUCGAUGUCGUUCUUGACUCGGUUGCGAUUGACGAAAAGUUCUUGGGUAUCACUCUGUUUGCGUUGGUUCCCAACACCACCGAGUUUUUGAACGCUAUCUCGUUUGCGAUGAACGGUAAUAUUGCGCUUAGUAUGGAGAUUGGAUCGGCGUAUGUGCUGCAGGUGUGCUUGCUGCAGAUUCCGGCUCUUAUCUUGUUUAGUAUUUGGAGUUCGAGCGUCAACGACAAUUUGCGCGACUUUUCAUUCACUCUCGUCUUCCCUAGAUGGGAUCUAGUCGUCGUCGUCCUCUGCGUCUUCCUCCUUUCCUACAUCUACGCCGAAGGCCGAUCCAAUUACUUCAAAGGCUCGAUCCUGCUCCUGAGUUACUUUGUCGUCAUGGCCGGUUUCUGGUUCAGCGGCCAGACCGGCGAGGCGCAGCUUUCGUCGAUCGGCGGCGCAGACAGCGGUUUUGGCGCAGGAUCGCCUUUUAUCAUGCCUGGCGGGAUUGGCAUGUUUGUUUAGUGUUGCGGAGGGCGAGGGGUCAUAAAAUAGAGCCUGAGAAGUGAGGAGAGUGCGUUUGCUUCCUCGUACGGGUCUCUAUAUCAUCUCAUACAUUUUUCAAACAGUUUGGUUGGCUUGCAGGCUGGCCAAAGAUCGGCAACUUAGUUUCUUUCUUUUUCACUUUCCAUCGUUUUUGUUACCUUUUGUGAUCGCACAUCAUCCUUCAUCGUUUUCAUUUCUUUUGUUUUUGUGUUCAUUCCUCUCUUGACGAAUCCCCAUACUUGUUUUGUGUUUUAUCGUGUGUUUUGCUUUUCUGUCACCGGUGUUGUGCUAGAGUCCAUACUAAUCAUUAUUCUGAAUUUUAAUCUUCUUGAGACUGCGAAACUGCUGUAGUGUAGACUAGAGGUGUAGCUUUGAUAGGAGGUGAGGUUUAAGUC